UGUCAAACUGUCGCCUCGGGGGAAGUGGGCGGGGUGGUUUGAGAGCUCGAGCGAAUGGAGUCGCUGGUCAGUGGUCGCCAUUAAACGUGGGGCUGAGGAGAAUUUAACUUCUAAGUAGGAUCGAAGGGAAGAAAUCGGGCGAUCUUGUAGGAAGCUUCCUACAUCUUCAAUGGUACCCGUCCCAAGAAAGUAGAAUUGAUUUUCAAUCAUUCAACAAGGAGUUGUCGGUGUUUCACCUAUCCCCGCCCCCUCUCCACUCUCUCCAUCCGGUCUCCGGCCCCUGAGUGUCUCUCCUGGUUUUGUGGGGAGAGGGGGGAGAUGUCGGAAGGCGAGAAGGCGGCCGCUGUAGCCGCAGUGGCGGACAAGGCGGCUGAGGCCAUGAAUGCGGCCGCCGAGGUGGACGACGAAGAGGAGGACGAGAGCGAGGACGAGAGUGAGAUCCUAGAGGAGAGUCCGUGUGGCCGCUGGCAGAAGCGACGGGAGGAGGUGAAUCAACGCAAUGUUCCUGGGAUUGACAGCGCAUACCUGGCAAUGGACACAGAGGAGGGAGUGGAAGUUGUGUGGAAUGAAGUCCAGUUUUCGGAAAGAAAAAAUUUUAAACUGCAAGAGGAUAAGGUUAAGGCUGUCUUUGACAAUCUCAUCCAGCUGGAGCACCUGAACAUUGUGAAAUUUCACAAGUAUUGGGCAGAUGUGAAAGAAAAUAAAGCUAGGGUUAUAUUUAUAACAGAAUACAUGUCAUCAGGAAGCUUAAAACAGUUUUUGAAGAAAACCAAGAAAAACCACAAAACUAUGAAUGAAAAGGCUUGGAAGAGAUGGUGCACACAGAUUUUGUCUGCCUUGAGGUCUAUUGAAGGAUUAGACCCAAUUUUGUCUUCUGUAGUGGGCGCAAAGUACACUCAAGAUAAUUGGUGA